AUGUGGAGCUCCGCCGGGAGCAUGCUCCAGUUGCUUCCCAAGCUCCUCAAGUACGCGGCUUUGCAGAGUCGGCGGCAGGAGCUGCUGACCCGCUGGGGCCAGCCGAGGGCGGGGGGAGGCGGCGACCCUGCGGACCGGCUUCCUCGGGGAGGCUGCGGCAGCGGCGGCGAGAGCGCCGGGGCCGCGGGUGCACUUCUCUGCCCCUACCAGGAGCGCAACAGUUUGCAGUCGGACUUGGAGCUGCCCUCCCCGGGAGGCUCCUAUCCGGGCAACAGCAGCUGCAGCGGCGGACCCGCCGCCGCCGAGGUGAGGACCUGGCGCUACUGCUGCCUCCUGGGCACCUGUUGGUGCAAGAGCUUCCUGCUGGUCUGCGCCCUGGCCGCCCUGUGCUUCUCUUCUCUGGCCCUGGUCCGCCACUAUCUGCAGCAUCUUCUCCUGUGGGUCGAGAGCCUGGACAGCCUGCUGGGCGUGCUGCUCUUCGUCGUGGGCUUCAUCGUGGUCUCCUUCCCCUGCGGCUGGGGCUACAUCGUGCUGAACGUGGCCGCCGGCUACUUGUACGGCUUUGUGCUGGGCAUGGGACUCAUGGUGGUGGGGGUCCUCAUAGGCACCUUCAUCGCGCACGUGGUCUGCAAGAAGCUGCUGGCCCACUGGGUGGCCUCCAAGAUCGAGGGCAGCGAGAAGCUGAGCGCCGUCAUCCGAGUCGUGGAAGGGGGGAGCGGCCUCAAAGUGGUGGCCCUGGCCCGGCUGACCCCGAUACCUUUUGGGCUUCAGAAUGCAGUGUUUUCGAUUACAGAUCUUUCAUUACCCAACUAUUUGAUGGCAUCUUCAGUUGGACUGCUUCCUACCCAGCUUCUAAAUUCUUAUUUGGGUACCACCUUGCGUACAAUGGAGGAUGUUAUCGCAGAACAGAGUUUUAGUGGCUAUUUUGUUUUUUGUUUACAGAUUGUUAUAAGUAUAGGCCUCAUGUUUUAUGUAGUACAUCGAGCUCAAGUGGAAUUGAAUGCAGCAAUUGUAGCAUGUGAAAUGGAACUGAAAACCUCUAUUGUUAAAGGCAAUAAACCAAACACCAGUGGCUCUUCAUUCUUCAGCAAGAGGACUCUAACAUUUUCUGGAGGUGGAAUCAAUAUUGUAUGAGCCCAGUUAAAAAUGUACAUAAUUAUUAAGAACCUGAUGUGUUGCUAAAUGCCUAGAACUCACUUUAGUAGUGGCCAAAGUCAGGUUAGAAAUUAAAAUUCAAGUUGUAUUAUGGCACAACCAACUGACCAGUUCUUAAAUUGCACAAUGGAUUUUUGUUUUGUUUUUAAGUGGAGGACCAUUAAAGGGUAAAGAGUUUAAAUCUAGUUGUAAUUUUGACUGCACCUUUUUACCAUUUAUUAUGCCUGUUAUGGCCUGUAGGUCUGCACUUUAGUGACUUUUUGUUUUGUUUUGAAAAUUAUUUUAU